AGAACUCAGAUCUCCAGCCUGUCUCCAGGCCUUGAACUUUUAAACUUGAUCUGAUCGGGCUUGGGGAGGUGAAGUUGACUUUGGUGGUGAUCAACACCAAACAGCUGACACGCACCACGAUCUUACUAUAUACUUCAUGCUGUGCAUAUGAUCCUUUCACAAAUUCAACGAUAACCGUCGUAUUGUGCUUUGUGUGCGCAAGAGAGCGAGAGAGAUAUAUGGAGUUCGAAGGAGAUUGCAGUCUAUGGCAUCACUUGAUCUUCUAUGAGGAGCUAGAAAGCGAUGAGGAGAAUUUUAUUAUUUGCCGGCGGUGCCAGGAACCGUUAUGGGGAGGUCCCACCUACAAAUGCUUGGAAUGCAACUUCCACCAACAUAAAUCAUGCACGGAAGAUAUUGAAAUCGACGAACAUGAUUUUGGAGAGAGACACCACUUGAUCUCCGUAGAAGAGCUGGAUAAAUACAAUGGUGGCAUGGAGGAAGUUGUUUGUCCGGGAUGCCAGGAACUAGGAUUCGGUCCCGCUUACAAAUGCUCCUUCCCCAAAUGCACCUUCUUCCUUCACAAAUCCUGCUCUGAACAACUAUCCCAUGUGGUACAACACAACAUGCACCCAGAGCAUGCCCUUUUUCUCCAAUUGCCAUCAUCGAGUAAUUAUUGUCAUGUUUGCUACGAAUAUUGCCAUAACUCCUUAUUCUACCGUUGUUUCACCGGCUGCCAUUUUGACAUCGACAUUAAAUGUUUUUCUCGUUGGCGAAUUAGUGCUGAGGAUUGCGAGAAACACUCACUCUUUCCCAUGCGGAAGCAGAUCCAAUUCACUUGUGAAGCUUGUGCUGAGGAAAGCAUGGAUAUUGCCUACCAAUGUAGUGUUUGCCGAGUCUUGAUUCAUCUUUUGUGUGAUCGUUUUCCACAUACCAUCAAAAUUAGUACACAUGAUCACUCACUCACUCGGACCUAUACUCUUCAUCAAGUCAAGAAACAGGAGAACGUAUUGUGUAGACUCUGCCGUAAAAAGGUGAAUACAGAAUACGCCGCUUACUACUGUAGAAAAUGUGAUUACAUUGCUCACAUGGAAUGUGCAAAUUAUUAUAAAGUUGAAGACGGGGACCAGAGUGAAACCCCUGAGGUGGAUGCAAAUCAAUUGGUUCAUUUGGUGGAAGGGAUUGAUGUAGCAGAGGAUGAAAGAGCUAGCCCUCGGGAGAUCAAUCACUUCAGUCAUCCACAACAUAACUUAAUCCUCAGCAAUGAAAGGCUCGUAGAUGUCAAGCGCUGUGAGGCAUGUAUACAAUUUAUACUUUCUACCCCAUUUUACAGCUGUGCACAAUGCAAUUUUUUUCUCCAUUACAGAUGUACUAAAUUACCUGCAACCAUUAAGCGAGGGCUAAUUCACAAUCAUCCACUCACCCUCCUCCCACAGGAUGUGAAUGCAAGUGGAUUGUUCUGGUGUGGUGCUUGUGAACGUUAUCACCAUGGCUUCGUAUACACAUGCGACGAAUGUAAAUGGUACAACUUAGACGUUCAAUGUUGUUUAAUUCCGGAAAUCCUUGAACAUGAAGGUGCACUCAUUGUGACGAGUUCACCUUGUGUUUCAGAUGUGCAACUCUUCCACUCGUAGCUAGAUAUGAAUAUCAUGCAC